AUGGCGCUAGCCUCACCAACCUCUGGAACGUCUGGUGAGACGGAACAAGGAUCCACGGCAGUGGUGACAGCGGCUGAGGAUCAUUACGAUCCGUCCGUAAGGAUACUGCACAUUCCCAAGAAAACCGACGGGUCCUGUGGGUUUCACCUGACACGCAGCAAAUGGGACCCGUACCCAUGGGUCAGCGGUGUCGAUGCAGACUCCCCGGCUGAGGUGACCGGGCUGAAGGUCGGUGACUGUGUGCUAGAGGUCAACAACGAGGAUGUCCUUGGCAUGCGCAUCGCAGAAGUUGCCGGUUUGGUACGCUCGAAAACCGACAUCGUGACGCUGUUGUUGUGGAGUACCGGCAUGGAACCGGCCUGCAAUCCGGAGUCACUAUGCUGUGGACCGAUGCCGAUUAACCUCGAGCGGCUUACGGCAAGUCUGCAAACGAUCGUGGCCGCUCUCGAGUGUCCCGUGUGCUUCGAUACGAUCCCUCCGCCGGUGUUCCAGUGCCAAAAUGGACAUCUCGUGUGUGCCAGGUGUCGGGUUCGAGCUGAUCGUUGCGCCAUCUGUCGAGAACGUUACACCGUCGGACGAUCGUUGUUGGCCGAGCAGGUGUACCGGUCCAUUACGGAGGCAUUUAACUUACGCGAGGGUUCAGAUGGUCGGCUUCGAGAGCGUCUGUUUGGUGCUCGGUGUACACGAACUCCCUCAGCUCGAGGUGGUGCUGCUGGUGAACGUCGGAAGAGUCCGUAUGGUAGCGACAGUCACCUGUCGGGUACGGGACGGCCACUCCACUCACACACGCACAAGUUCCUGGCACGCAUCAUGGGUAAGGCCAGCUCAGUAGACAACCUCAGCAAGCACGCCCAGCACCAGCAACCUCCGGAUGUGGUCGGUGAUCUCCAAAGCUCCAAGGGCAAGUCACUAUCGCUGUCAUCGAGCGAGAUCUUCAAACGUGACAACUCGGUGUCGGUGUUGCGAUGUCCUUCGGCGAACCGGCUCGCUCCGGAGUUGUCCGCAUCGUACAAUAGUCUCACGGUGCGCCGACCAACCUCGUCCAUGUCCUGCAACGUAUCGGUGGAGAGUCUCAGCAGCAUCCCGGAGGACGGUGGUAUCCAGCUGAUCGUCCCACCACGUCCAUCUCCGGUGAUUUUCCACUGCCCAUGUGGAGAGUACUGCAAGGACCUGAUCGCCGCACCGGAACUACAGGAGCACGUCACGGUACAUCACCGCACACCGGUCAUAUCGUUUGGGACGGCAUCGGCGGAAAUAUCGCUGCCUCCGAGGACACCGGUGGAUAAUGCGUGCCUACUGCUGCAACUGGACGGGCACAGAUUCUGGUUAAGGCUGAUCUCCGACACCAGCACAAUCGGUGACAUCUUCCUGUCAGCUUUGCUGGAGGGCGGCGUGGAGCAAAGCAAGAACUACGCGCUGGAGGUCAUCAUCCGGAAGGAAGGCUUCGAGCAGAUCCUGGGCAAGGAGCUCAUCUCUCGCUCGGAGGUGCACCCGAUGGUGGAGAAAUCGUGGAACGAUCUGGUCAACACGAAGGCGGGUGUGUUCUACACCGGCGUCUGUAUACGGGCCACCUUCAGCGAGGAAACGGAAAUUCUACUCAAAGCAUCGAUCAAGCGUCUGGCCGAUCUGUAGGAUGUGCCGGGUGUGCCAAUGAAAAGAAUAGCCGGAAUGUUGAGGGCGUUCCCACCAUCGAGAGUGGGUUUGCUAGUGGAAUCCGAGCCGCGUAUCGGAUAUCUAGACACGAGGGUCACGAGUAAGACAUUUAUUGAAUCACGCAUCGUUGGCUGUGAUUGAACGUCUCACUGUCGUCACAAUCGAUUGUAUAACGGGAACGACAAUGCUGACCUGCGUAUG